AUGUGCGCACAGCGCACGUCACAUGAUGGACCCGGAACCAGCUGUGGUCCGAACCUCUUCUUUUUUGGCUUGCCUGGUGUAGGAAAGACUCAUUGCGGGGAAGUCCUGCAUCAACAUUUUGGAUACGAUUUCCAUGACGGUGAUAGCUGGUUACCAGAGGAUUUGAAAGAGUCCCUUGCAAGUGGGCAUGGCUUUACAGAUGAGCAGCGGGAUCGAUUUGCAGAAGAAAUCUCACGCCGCAUCUCCCAAGUCAAGGCCGAGGCUGCUAGGCCUGUCGCGAUAGCACAGGCAACGUUCAAGCGGCGCCACAGAGAUCUUUUGCGCCGAGCUCAUCCAGACUUGGUUUUUGUGUGGGUUCAGGCGGGUGAGACCUCACGUGUGCGCCGACUACGAGAAAGGGAUAAUGUUGUCGAUGUAGCCCUGGGUAGCCGCAUGGCUCGUGACUUCGAGCCACCAGUGGAUGAGAAGCAUGUUGUGCUUGUAAACGACUUGGACGAUGAACCUGUGGAGGAUGCGUUCCGAGACAUGCUGCAUCAAGCCAUGAUGACGAGAAAAAUCGCAGUUGCCGGUUGA